UUAUACAACACCAAGAAUCCCAACGAGUUAUGGUUUUUGGAUUCACAUAAGGAACUGAAGCCGUAUGGUAUUACAACUAGUGCCUGCACUGACUUAUUUAGUGACACCCUAUUGUGGAUGGAAGCACACAAUAAUGACGGUGAGCCUUCAGUAUUUCUCAACCACUUCCUGGACACAGUGACUCGUAUUGGAGGUUGUCCACAGCGACUGCUGUUCAAACCAAGUAGAGAAAAUGAACACAUCAUAACAGCACAAACUUUCCUGCGUAGGAAUCAUACAGACUGUUAUGCUGGGGAGGACAGUGUGAUGGAAGGAUUCAACUUCAAACAUCACAGGUGGUUACACACAUGUACGCCAUGGAAGUUCUGUUUUGCAGAUCUCAGAGAAUUAGGACAAUUCACAGGAAAAGAUUUGGACAAGAAGCUCAUACAGUUCUGCUUCCUCCACAUCAUCCAGGAUCAGCUGAAGGAGUUUGUUGGAAAAUUCAAUAGGAACAUACUCAGGUCACAACGUGAUGGACCAGCAGAGGACAAACUCCAAACUGUUCUCCCAGAGGAUAUUGAUGAGUGCAGGAGGAGGUGGUGUACCCCAAGAGAGCAGUACCCCUGUGAUGAAACACUCUUCAAGCACUGGGAGCUCAUUAGGACUGAAAAUGGUUGGAAAGCUCCAGUGGACAAAUUAACAGCUUUUAAUCUGUAUUUAAAAUUAAGAAAGAAGACUUAUGAAGAUGAUGAAGUUGUGAUGGAAACAUCUAUUGAUGAGGAAGAACAGGUGGCAGGUUUGUUAGAAUAAGGAAGUUAACCCACAUGAAUGAUUUUAUCAAAUGAUCCAUCCAUUUUCUACAGCUUGUCCUUCUCAUGGUUGCCGGAGGGCUGGAGGUGCGGGGGGGAAUAACCAAAUAUUAACAUUGCUAUAUGUAUACUUUACUAGUUCAUUAAAUGUGUGAAUAUAGAUUGUAAAACACUUUAUAGUUUUCAACUCUCAGUGAACACUUGAGUCAAAUUUCCAGGUCCCAUUUGCUUUUAUUUUGAAGUAACAUCCUGUUUCCUGGUGCAACUGGAAGCUGCUUUGCUGCUUUCUUGUUUUGUUCUGGUUUUGAUUUAUGUGGCACUGUGUUUUAUCGCAAAAAAACGUGCUUUUAUUUUGAAGUAACAUCCUGUUUUCUGGCGCAACUACAAGCUGCUUUGCUGACCUGUUGUUUUGUUCUAGUUUUGAUAUGCGGCACUGUUUUGGCGCACACUUUGUGCUUUUAUUUUGAAGUAACAUCCUGU